AUGGACAGUAUUGACCCGAGUAUCCAUCCAUCAGUGGCCGUUUUCAAUCGCUACGAGGCCGCUGUACCAGUACAUUCCCCUGCGCCCAGCGGCCCCCACCCAGACCGCUCUGACCCAGAGUGCGCUAGAGCGAACCAAAGACGCACACCCUCCCGAGACACCCCGUCCCUUUAUUCCCCUGGUCCACCCUCGAUUCUCAUCGCCUGCCUGCCUGCUUUUGCUCCUGCCUCUCCUCUUCUUGUGCUGUCCUGCGGUAUCUGGUCUGCAGUGGUCAUCAUCCAGCUUCCUUCGCCAAUUCGCGAGCCGUUAAACUCCUCUCAUUUAUCUCACUUGCGGCGAGACGACGACGACGAGGAGAUUCCGAUUCAACUCUCAACUCCAAAUAACAAACCAUCCGUCAAACUGUAUCCUCACGACGACUAA